UAUUUAUUGUGCCGAAUAUAUUCAUAUUCUUCACAACAAUGAAACUCUUAGAAAUUGUAGUAAUGAUGAAAAUCAACGCUUUUAUUUUGUGUUUCCUUUGUGGAUUGUUUCUUUUAUCUGUUGUGGCAAGUGAGACAUCCAAAAAAGGUUAUGCAAAAGACUCAAAGAAAAAUGUUUGGGUAGAUAAGCUUGAUGGUACCCAAAGAACCAAGGAUAUAAAACCUUUUGAUCCCAAUAAGCCCGUUGGUGCGGGAAAUAAAACAAGGGAAGAAAGGAUGAUGGAAAAGGAGGCAAAGAAGGAAAAGGAAAAGAUAGAAAAAAAUCAUGGGGAAGAGAAAGGGAAAUGAUAGGCCAAUUAACCCUAAAAAUGCACAACUUAUAUCUCAUGCUUAUGCAUUAUUAGUUGUUAAAAAAUAUAUAUAUA